AUGGUUGGUUUGUUGCCAGAAUCUGAGAUGCGAGCUCGUUUAUUGAAAGACGAGGAAGCUUACGUUAAAUGGGAACGAUCGCAACAUGAGAGGAGGAAGAGAAUGGAGGAGCAGAGGAGCAAGGAGGAGGGGAGGAGGAGGGAGAUUGAAAUGAGAAAGAAGAAACAAAUGGAGGAGGAAAAGAAACGAGCGGAAGAAAUUGUGGCACGAACCGACCAGCAGGUGGCAGUAGUGAUGCGACAGAAACGAAACGCAUCGGUUGAUCGAACGAAGCGAUGGUCAUGGGGGGUGGGAGAUUCACCCACUACGGGAAACCCCCAACCUGAGAAUCGAUUCUCACGUAGCCCUCUAGUGUUGAGCACAACACACAUGGCGUUUGCGUCGGGGUUGCGAUCGUACGACACUUCGCCGAGUAAUAAACAACAAUGUGCCCCCCAACCCCAACUAACGGAAGCUUCACCCGUUAGCCCAAGGUUACUCGCUCCAACCAAAGCCUCGAGGGCACGGUCGCGCACCAAUGAACAUGAUGAUUCAUUGGAUAGUAAAGAGCGUCCGACAUCGGCGAAGUCGGACACGAGCGCUUCAUCAACAAAGUCGCAUGAAACUAAGAAGAAGACGACGAGAACCCCUUCCCCUGCGAUGCGUAACAAGGUGCAAUCCGUUCAAAACAAAUCACCUGUGACAUCAUCAAGGAGUAGAGGGGUUUCCCCCAAACCAAGCCGAACAACCCGAUCGUCUUCACCAGCGUUGGAACGAACAACAAACGAACGGAAGAAGACUCCAUUGAGAGAGAAACCCCACGUUGGAAAAUCCACCCCGCCCACCAUCAAACAAAGUUUGCGGCCUGAUGUUCUCGGGAGGAAACUCAAAACUUCCCCGGUCGUGAAAAGUCCCAAGGGAAUUCCCCCAGAUGGCAUUGUUAAGAAACAAAGAAAUAAGAAAGUUGAUUCGCCGAUUGGACGAGGUGUCGGCAAAAAGGCUGCGAAUGGAGGGGUUGGAAGUUUAAACAACGGAGAAAAUGAAGUUUUGUUUGUUGAUGAUAACGUUGAACAACCUAUUGAUGGGGUGGUAGGUGUUAAAGUUGAUGAGGAUGUUGUUGGAGCAGAAGGUGUUAAAGAUGGUCAACAACAUGGGGGUGUUAAAGAUGAUCAACAACAUGGGGGUGUUAAAGAUGAUCAACAACAUGGGGGUGUUAAAGAUGAUCAACAACAUGGGGGUGUUAAAGAUGAUCAACAACAUGGGGGUGUUAAAGAUGAUCAACAACAUGGGGGUGUUAAAGAUGAUCAACAACAUGGGGCCCGUGGAAGGAAGGCAAGAUAA